AUGACCCCUGCACUGGAUGCCCAGGCAGGGCCAGACACAGGAGAGGCUCCGCUCGAUCAAGAGUCUCGGGGGCCGGAUGCGCACGGUUUCGAGCCACUGGCUUGUGUCUCGUGCCGAGCCCGCAAACUCAAAUGUGAUCGAACCAGACCAGCGUGCACUCGAUGCACCAAAGUCCAGAAUGACUGCGUGUAUCCCGAGUCUCGCAGGAAACCGACGUUCAAGAGGCGCAAUGUGAAAGAACUCGAAGCCAGACUAGCGCAAGUCGAGGACUAUCUGAAGGAAGUCACACACAAUGGUGACCAAGAGGGUCCAGAGUCUGGAGGCUCCAACGGCAGCAAUGGGACGUUCGACUUCAACGUACAGAAUGGCCAGGCCCAGCAGGGCCGCAUGGCAGACGCCCCUAUCAACAAUGGCAGCACCGAAAAUCCUGCAUCGUUCGCUAACUCGCAGCUUCUGGGCAUGGGGUACUCGGAAAGUCUGCCGCCGUUCGAGAUCAUGGAAGAGUUAAUCAACAUCUACUUCAGCACACAACAUCCGCACAUGCCCAUCGUCCACCCCAGCAGGUUCUGGCAAGGAUUCUACGGCGGUGCGAUCCGGAGACCUCCCAUGUGUCUGCAAUACAUCAUGUGGGCUUCAGCAGCUCAGUUCCACCCCAAGUAUGACGAAUACAGCGAGGUCUUCUACCAGCGAGCACGGCAGUACAUGGACGUGGACGAGAUGAAGGCAAAGCACUUUAUCACCAUGGCGCACGCCCAGGCGUAUUGCCUGCUCGCCCAGUUCGAGGCGAAAUGCAUGUACUUUACCCGCGCCGCCAUGACUUCGGCCAAAUGUGUCCGCCUGGUGCAAAUGAUGGGCUUUGAUCGCCUCGAUGGCGAACAGGAUGACCUGCCACCCGCCCUUCCGCCGGCUACAUCGUGGGUCGAGAUGGAGGAGCGUAGACGCACGUUCUGGGGCGCCUUUGCGAUCGACUCUCACGCAUGCGUGUCCACGGGCUGGCCAAGCCUGAUUGCAAACGCCGAUAUCACCACCAGACUACCUGCGUCCGAGGAGGCCUUCACAUCUGGCAAGGAGGAGCUCGCGCCAUUCCUGGAUGAGAUCUUUCAUGGCGCGACGUACGAGGGGUUCGCCGGACCGAUUGUCAUCUGCCGGAUCUUCAAGGGCAUCAUGCACCACGUGCACCGCUCAAAACCCAGAGACCAGCCUGAAGACCUUCUCAACGGGGCAUUCUGGAAGCGCCACCGCGAACUCGACAACGAGCUUCUGAGCGCCUUCAUGUUCCUGCCCGAGCAGUUCCGUCUGCCUCGGAAUAUCAGAAACCCCAUGGCUCUACACUUGAAUCUCAACCUGCAUGCAUCAGUCAUUUGUUUGCACCAUGCGGCGGUAGAGAAAGCCGAGAAAUUUGGUCACACGGACACAAUCAAAGCGAGCAUCGGCCGCCUCAAGAACGCUGCCGACGAGAUUGUGAGCAUCGCACGGCUCACGGCGCACAACACUUCCAUUUUCAAAAACCCCCUCUCGUCCCUGUCACUGUACUGCGCCACUACAGUCUAUGUUUACAUGGCCAAGACAGACAUUCGACACGGCUUUGAUGCCAUCGACAAGGCCAACUUUGAGACGCUCAUCCAGGCCAUGGAGGCCAUCGCCCGGGUUCAUCAAAUCACCAGGGCCUUUCUACAGCAGGCAUGUCUCGACAUUGAGCGGAACGGCCUGCUGUCUGUCAUUGAAGCACCCUCUCUGGGCAAGUACAGAGACAGCUUUGGCAUGGCCGGCUCGAACAUCCCCAUGCUAGCGCGCAGUUCAGUUGGCCGGCACACCAAGGUCUCUCCCGUAUUGCCCGGCAGGCUACCGCUCGACAAGCCAGAGGGUCGGGUGCGACCGGCGAACCUCCGCUUGUCCAAAGGGAACUGCAGCGUUGCCUUUGCUGACGACGAUGACAACGGUGGAUCCCAGGUCAGCUUCAAUCCAUCCUUAGGGGCUGUCACACGGAACAUUGCCAUUGCGCCGACGGCGGAUCUCAAUAUGAUGUACAGCAACAAGCGAAAACGUCCAUUGGAGGUACCAGGUUCAUCGGGCGUCGUUGACUUACAAGGAACGGACAUGACCAGCUUUGCAUCAAACGGCCUUCCAAACAGAAACACCAGCUCCAAUCCCACCACCACCACUGGAGACCAAUUGGUCAACAACAUGCUCGGCUCCGUGGGAAUGGGUUCUCACAGCAUGCUAGGGAACAACAUGGCACUGCCAGAUCGAACGACGCCCUCAUCCUCGGCGUCCCCCUUGCCGCCGCAGACCUUCUCGGUCGGACGUGCCGAGACACAGUCAGGAAGCAGUGAGGAAUCACCAAAGGCGACGACUGGUCUCGGGAACACUGUCGAGGAGAACCGGUUCGACUUCCGCCCGUUUGCAGGGCGCGUCGCCACGCCCCUCUGGCCAGAUCUCACCGACGACUUCUUCCACGACAUGGUGCAGGACGCACUGUCCUCGCAGAACAACGGCGAAUCCCUCAACUUCUUUGGCGAUCCCAACUGGGCAGGCGGACACUUGCCAGGCUGA